CCCGCCCCUUGCCCCCCCCUGUGGCCCCGCCCCCUCUCGUCCGCCUUGGAAGAAGGCUAAUAUCAUGGCGGAUAGGGACAGCGGCAGCGAGCAAGGAGCGGCGGGCGGCAGCGGCGGCGGCGGCAUCAUGCACCCCCUGCAGCAGCAGCAGCAACAGCAGGAGACGCAGGAGCUGGCGUCGAAACGCGUCGACAUCCAGAACAAGCGCUUCUACCUGGACGUGAAGCAGAACGCCAAGGGCCGCUUCCUCAAGAUCGCCGAGGUUGGCGCGGGCGGCAGCAAGAGCCGCCUCACGCUCUCCAUGUCCGUGGCCGUCGAGUUCCGAGACUACCUGGGCGACUUCAUCGAGCACUACGCGCAGCUCGGGCCCAGCUCCGCCAUGAGUGGAGGAGGAGGAGGAGGCGGCGGCGGCGGUGGCGGCAUUGGAAGCGGCGGUGACCACCAGUCCCACCAUCAGCAGCUGCAGCCGGACGAGCCGCGCCGCGCCCUCAAGAGCGAGUUCCUCGUGAGGGAGAACAGAAAGUACUACAUGGACCUCAAGGAGAACCAGCGCGGGCGAUUCCUGCGAGUCCGCCAGACCGUGAGCCGGGGCCCCGGUCUCGGUGCCCAGGGGCAGACCAUCGCCCUGCCGGCGCAGGGCAUGAUCGAGUUCCGCGACGCGCUCGCCAAACUCAUCGACGACUUCGGCGUGGACGAGGAGCCCGCGGAGCUGCCCGAGGGCACGGCGGUGACGGUGGACAACAAGCGCUUCUUCUUCGACGUGGGCUCCAACAAGUACGGCGUGUUCAUGCGGGUGAGCGAGGUGAAGCCCAGCUACCGCAACUCCAUCACGGUGCCGCUUAAGGCGUGGGCCAAGUUCGGCGCCACGUUCAGCCGCUACUCCGACGAGAUGAAGAAGAUUCAGGAGAAGCAGCGCGAGAAGAGAGCCGAGCCCCUGGAGGAGGAGGAGGGAGGAGGAGGAGGUGGCGACGAUGGAGAAGAGGAUUGAUUCAAUCGAAGAUGGAGCCCUUCUGCGUGGUGUUUUGGGGUUGGUGUGAGAGGUGUUGGGGGUUGGGAUUUGGUGAAGGGGGGAAGGAAUGGGGGCAUCUGUGGGUGAGAUUUUAAUUUGUCAUCACUUGAUUAUUCUAUUUUCGGAAACAAAAAAAACGAAAAAACUGCGAAACAAAAAAUAUUCACAAGAAUGAUAGAGAAGAGAGAACAAGUAAGAAAUGCAAAAAGGAAAAUGCCAAUGUGAGAAACGAAGAGUGAAUUGUGAAUUGAACUUGGCUUGGACUGUACUGUUCUCUAGUCAUUCAUCGUUUAAGGUGAAGACGUCACUACAGAGCAGAACAGCAUCUGAAGAUUAAAGUUCAAAUCAACCACCACUCCUCCCGAUGACCCCACUUUCACCACCACCUGUUAGCAGCAGCAGCAGUGCUUUUGGAAGGUUUGUCGCAUCUCGGCCUUCUGUUAUCUGCUUGCGCUGUCCACAAUCCAACAUUUGCUGGAAACAGUUGACAUGAAAUGUCCUAGACAUUGCUAAUGAGCACUGUUUUUUCGUACUUGUUUCGUAUAGGGGGUGUGAGGGAGUUGUUGACAAAAAAAAUAAAUAUCUUAACGUAUUUUAAUUUAAAAUUUCCCUUCCCAAAAGGUAACUUACGUUUUAUAAUGACCGUGCAAUUUAAGUGGAGAAAAAAAACCAUUCGAAUAGUAUGCACACUAUCGUUUUAUGUCUUUUGAUUGGAUUUUAUGUAAUAGCAUGGAACAAUCAGAAUUGGGUUUCUAUCAGAAGGCUAAAAAAUGUUAUCCAGCCACUACUGACUCGUGGUUUAAGAAUGAAAAUGCAUAUUAUUUGUGUUUAGGUUAAGUAUACAACACGGUCGCUGCUGCAUCAUUGCAAAUGCAGGUCCGCCCAAAGUUUGCUUACUUUUAACUGCAAAAGGUAAACCACGUAAAGUAAUGUACAUGUUCGUUUUUUAGCCAGUUCAGUGAGCUCAGACCAUGUAUGGCCCCAAAGAAUCCCAUAGUUUAAAGGGAAGGCAUUUUGUCGGUAUUCUUUGUCAUAGUUUUGGAGUUGCCACCGAUCCAACGGCGGGUGUCCGGACACAAAUGUAGGCCACGUCGAUUGUGGGAUUGGGUUAUUAUAUAGCUAUAUAUAUUUUAUGGUUGUAAAAAAAAUAUGCGACGACACAAAAAAUAUCUAUUUACGUGGCAGAUUUUUUUUUUAAUUUUAUGAGGUCCGUGGCCCAAUAGCCACCCAUUAAUUGACCCCCCUCUCUCCCAUUCUCCACCCCGCCGCACAUCUCACCUGUCCUUGGGCUCAUUUUCUGUGUUGCUAGGUGGGGUUCGGAGUCGGGGAUGGUCAGGCAAUGCACAAAUUGAGUGGGUGUUUUUGUCGACGGGAUUGCUAAUGGAUAAUGUUCCAUUGCAUUUUUCUUUUGCUACAUUGCAACCUAACAUUGUGUUGCUGUGGGAUGAAUUUGUGUGUCCAUCGCAGGUUUGAAAUUAAAAACAAAAGCGGUGGUCUCAAAA